UUACACUUCGCUCAGUCACACACAUAUACACACACACACACCCUGUGGGCAGCAGCCUCACACAGUUGUUUAACUUUGUUUUUGCCUCAUUUUUAAAACACAUUUUGUUUUUGUUUUGGAUUUUUUUUUUUUUUUUUUGGUGCGUUUUUUGCGCAGACCCAUGACUUUUGACCAUGCUGCAAAACUUCACACAUCUGAUGAGUCUGGCUUUGUGAUGAGUGAGACUUUGCGCCGCUGAAGGAAAUAAGUUUUUUUUUGCAUUUACUUUUAUCACAAUGACUGAGGAGAGCAGAGGUGAGCACAAAGCUGAAAGCGGGAAGGACUUGGAGAAGCAGCUCCGGCUGCGCGUCUGCGUCCUGAAUGAACUCUUAAAGACGGAACGGGAUUAUGUCGGGACGCUAGAGUUCCUCUCGGUGUUCCUACAUCGUCUCAACCAGUACGCCGCCACCAAAGUCGACAAGAACAUCACGGAGGAAACGGUUAAGGUCUUAUUCUCCAACAUCGAGGAGAUUCUGGCCGUUCAUAAGGACUUCCUGUCCAUGGUGGAGGAGCUGCUGCAGCCCGAGCCUCACGCUCACCACGAAGUCGGCCGCUGCUUCCUGCACUUUAGGAGCCGCUUUCAGAUUUACGACGAAUACUGCGGGAACCACGAGAAGGCCCAGAGGUUCCUGCUGGAGCUCAAUAAGAUCCGGAGCGUCAGGACGUGUUUACUGAACUGCAUGUUGCUGGGAGGCAGAAAAAACACCGAGGUUCCCCUGGAGGGUUACCUGGUGGCUCCUAUUCAGCGGAUCUGCAAAUACCCGCUGCUGCUCAGAGAGCUGCUGAAGAGAACCCCGAGGAAACACAACGACUACGUCUUGGUCCAGGAGUCUCUCCAGGUGAUGAAGGCCGUGUGCUCCAGCAUCAACGAGGCCAAGAGACAGAUGGAGAAGUUGGAGAUCUUAGAGGAGUGGCAGUCCCACAUCGAGGGCUGGGAGGGCUCCAACAUCACGGACACGUGCACGGAGAUGCUCAUGCAGGGAGUCCUGCUGAAGAUCUCGGCUGGGAACAUCCAGGAGAGGAUCUUCUUCUUGUUCGACAAACUUCUGGUCUACUGCAAGAAGAAAAAUAGGCGUCUAAAAAACAGCAAAACCUCGGCGGAGGGCCCUCGCUACCUUUUCAGAGGGAGAAUCAACACCGAAGUGAUGGAGGUGGAAAAUGUGGAUGAUGGCACAGCCGACUACCACAGCAGCGGGAACAUCGUGAACAACGGCUGGAAGAUCCACAACACGGCCAAGAACAAGUGGUUCGUCUGCAUGGCCAAGACCCCGGAGGAGAAGCAGGAGUGGCUGGAGGCCAUCAUGAAGGAGAGGGAGCGACGGAAAAGUCUGCGGCUCGGCAUGGAGCAGGAUACGUGGGUGAUGGUGUCCGAGAAGGGAGAGAAGCUCUACCACCUCAUGACCAAAGGGAACCUCAUUAAGGACCGGAAACGCAAGCUCACCACGUUCCCCAAGUGCUUCCUGGGAAGUGAGUUUGUGUCGUGGCUGAUGGAGAUCGGGGAGACGGUCAACCCAGAGGAAGGGGUUCAUCUGGGCCAGGCUUUGUUGGAGAAUGGCAUCAUCCACCAUGUCACAGACAAGUACCAGUUCAAACCCGAGCCCGUGCUGUAUCGAUUUCGCUUCGACGACGGGACCUACCACCCCAGAAGCGACAUGCACGAUGUUAUAUCGAAGGGUGUUCGCCUUUUCUGCCGUCUCCAUAGCCUCUUCACUCCAGUCAUCAGGGAUAAGGACUAUCAUUUACGGACCUACAAGUCAGUGGUCAUGGCCAACAAGCUGAUAGACUGGCUUAUAGCGCAGGGAGACUGCAGAACCAGGGAGGAAGCUUUGAUUCUGGGGGUGGAGCUGUGCGACAAUGGCUUCAUGCAUCACGUGCUGGAGAAGAGCGAAUUCAAGGACGAGCCCUUGCUGUUUCGCUUCUUUGCCGACGAGGAGAUGGAGGGUUCAAACACCAAACACAAACCCAUGAAGCACGACCUGAAGAUAGUGGAAAACGUCAUCACCAAGUCUCUCCUGAUAAGACCCAGUGACGGGGGCUACGGCUUCACCCUGGAGGAGAGGAACCGAGUCCCCAUCAUCAAAUCCGUGGAGAAGGGCUCUCCAGCUGAGAUGGCUGGGCUGGAAGUGGGGAAAAAGCUGUUUGCCAUAAACGGAGACCUGGUGUUCCUCCGGCCUUUUUCUGAAGUGGAAAUUCUCCUCAGGCAGUGUUUCAACAGCAGAGGACCCCUCAGGGUUCUCGUGAGCACCAAGCCCAGAGAGACGAUAAAGAUCCCGGACUCGGCUGACGGUCUGGGGUUCCAGAUCCGCGGAUUCGGCCCGUCCGUCGUCCACGCCGUCGGUCGAGGCACGGUGGCAGCCACCGCCGGCCUCCACCCGGGCCAGUGCAUCAUCAAGGUGAACGGCAUCAACGUGAGCAAGGAGAGCCACGCCAGCGUCAUCGCUCACGUCACGGCCUGCAGGAAGUAUCGGCGACCCACGCAGCAAGACACUAUUAAGUGGGUCUACAACAGCAGCGAGAGCGCCAAGGAGGACAACCAGAAGGCCAACCAGAAACCCGCCAGCGAGGAGAACGGCGACGGCUUCGAGUGCCAAGUGGAAGAGGUGAUGGACAAAUUCAACACAAUAGCCAUCAUCGAUGGGAAGAAGGACCACGUGAGUCUGACGGUGGACAACGUCCACCUGGAGUACGGAGUGGUGUACGAGUACGACAGCACGGCGGGAACCAAAUGCCACGUGCUGGAGAAGAUGGUCGAGCCCAAGGGGUUCUUCAGCCUCACCGCGAAGAUUCUGGAGGUGCUGGCACGUAACGACGACCUGCUGGUGCAGAUGUGCGGCCGGCUGACUUCCGGCUGCGACGUGAUCCCCGAGGAGCUGCAGGCGCGCUUCGGCGCCAUGUACGGCGAGAAGGCGGAGCACAUCAACCGGCGCAUCACCAACUACAGGAAGUUUUCUCGGGUCCUGAAGAACAGAGCGUGGCCCACGUUCAAGCAGGCCAAAGCCAAGGUCUCCCCCCUCCACAGCAGCGACUUCUGCCCCACCAACUGCCACGUCAACGUGAUGGAAGUGUCGUACCCCAAGACCACCUCCUCCCUUGGCAGCGCCUUCGGCGUGCAGCUGGACAACAGGAAGAACACUCUGGAGAAAGGAGGCCGCGGCAGCGGCGAGCUGGGGAAGCUGAACCCGACGGUAAACGUCCAGCACACCAUCACGACGAUGGCCGCCCCGUCCGGCCACAGCCUGGGUCGGACGGAAGGCCACGGCCUGCGUUUCCUGCUCCGGGAGGAAGACCUGCUCACUCUGGAUGCGUAUCAGAAGCUCCUCUACAAGCUCACCGCCGUCGUCAAGGAGAUGGAAACGCACGGCGCCCAUAUUCACGACCUGCUGUCCUCCAUCACUCACCCUCCAGCGUCAGAGGUGAGGACCCCGGAGAGCUACAUUUCCGCCGAGAGCGAGGGGGAUAGGGGCGAAAGGAAUGGGAAGAAGGUGUGCUUCAACGUGGCCGGGGACGAGCAGGAGGACUCCGGACACGACACCAUCAGCAACAGGGACUCCUACAGUGACUGUAACAGCAACAGAAACUCCAUCGCCUCCUUCACCAGCAUCUGCAGCAGUCACUGCAGCUCCUACGUCCACAGUGACGAGAUGGACUCAGGAGAUGAGAUGCCCUCCAGCGUGUGGCUUUCCCAUGACAAGCAGAAGAAACUGCACAGUUUCCUGGAGCAUCUGUUCAGCCAGGUGGAUUCCAUCACCAGUAUGCUGAGGGGAGCAGUGGUUGCUCGCGCCUUCGAGCAGACGAAGUGCUUCACGCCUGGGAGAGGACUGCAAGAGUUUCAGCAGGAGAUGGAGCCCAGGGUGAACUGUACCAAAAAGCUGCGCCUCCACGUCAAGCAGGACCCCUGGAACCUUCCCAGCAGCGUUCAGGCCCUCACACACACCAUCGCUAAAUAUGUUGAAGAGGUGAAGACUCGGCUGCUCUUGGUUCUGCUGCAGUACACAGACUCGGAGAUCCAGCUACGCAGAGAUAUGGUGUUCUGCCAGUCUCUGGUCGCCGCUGUCUGUGCCUUCUCGGAGCACCUGCUGGCCGUCCUCAACCAGUUCUGCAGUGCGGGCAGAGACCUGGACGCCGACAUCCCGGACGCCCAGGAAGCCGGCCGGCGCUGGCUGGAGCAGAUCGCCAGCGCCGGGCUUCUCUUCCACUUCCAGUCCCUCCUCUCGCCCAACCUGACGGACGAGCAGGCCAUGCUGGAGGACACUCAGGUGGCCCUCAUCGACCUGGAGAAAGUCACCUUCUACUUCCAGCAGUUUGAAGGGGAGCCGCUGGUUGCCAACAUGCCCAUUUCAUACCAGGUGGAGGGAACCCGCCAAGCCCUGAAGGUUUACUUCUACCUGGAGAGUUUCUACUUCUCCCAGCUGCCGUACAGGCUCAGAAACGGCGGCGGCGUUAAAAUCUACCCCGUCCUGUUUACACAAGCACUGGAGAGCAUGGAGGGAUACUAUUACCGAGACAACGUGUCAGUGGAGGAAUACCAGGCCCAGAUCAACGCCAGCUCUCUGGAGAAGGUCAAACAGUACUACAAGAGACUGAGGGCCUUCUUCUUGGAUCAGUCCAACAUGCCACCCAGCUCUGCACCCAAAGCAGCCCUAAUAGACAAGUUAAUGCGUCCCCUCAACGCUCUGGAGGAGCUCUACCGUCUGAUGGAAAGUUUUAUCAGUUGUCGCCGCACCGCCGCCUGCCAGUUCACCGCCUGCGGGGCGUCUGGAGUGGGGCUGCUCACCGUGGCCUCUGAGCUCUGCUCGCGUCUGGGAGCCACACACAUCGUCAUGUGCAACAGCGGCGUGCACCGCUGCACCCUGAGCGUGACUCUGGAGCAGGCCAUCCUGCUGGCUCGAAACCACGGCCUCCCGCCGCGCUGCAUCAUGCAGGCCACCGACGUCAUGAGGAAGCAGGGGGCAAGAGUUCAGAAUUCAGCCAAGAACCUGGGUGUGAGGGAUCGUACACCAUCAUCAGUCCCAAGGUUGUACAAGCUGUGCCAGCCUCCUCCUCCAGAUGGUGAUCCAUAAUGCAUUGCUUCCUGGAAGAGGCUGAAGAAGUCACGAGGAGCUUUUUUGGGGACGAAAUCUUCAAAAUCUCUCCUCCACCAACAGAGCCAGCUGGCUGCAGAGAGCGAGUGUGUCCAUCCUGUCCGUCCUGAACGUGUACAUAGACUUUUCAAACAGUAAAUAGUAUUUUAGUACUUUGUAUUUUUUAUCUGUCCUACUUUCUACAUAUUUUUAUUGUGCCGUGCGUCUGAUAGGAUCACGUUUCAGAUUGGCGAAACGCCCACAGAAGAGACUUCAAUUAGCUCAGCGAGACAUAAUGAAUCCCAUCAAUUCACUGUCUGCAGAUCACAAACUGACAAUUAAGUGUUGUUUUUGUUUGAGAGACUAUUGCAUUUAGCGUUAUUAGUUUCAUUUGCAUGUGAGAUGAAACUCGAUCAUAUUAAUUAGAAGGAUACUGGAUGUCAUUCUGACAUCGUAUUUGUUCAUAUUAGCCCGUAAUUUCUCUGCUUGUUUGCAGUUUUCACUCCAGUGCUUUAAUUAGUUCUGUCAGUAUUGGGCGAGUUCGUCUCUCGGCGCCAUGUUUAUUUGUCUGUAAAUACACAUAUUUACCACAAAUGUAAUAGAAUCAUAUUACUUGUCGCUGUGUUUGGAUCUCUGACAUUCUCAUCAGUAUUAAUAUACUAUAGGUUUUGGUAUUUUCUGUAUUUUUUUUCUUUUAUACUGACAGUGCUCAGGAUUAAAGCAGCUCUAUCACUUAUUAGUGGAUGACAAGCUCACUACUAUGCAAACAAACAGGAGGUGAUGAGACGCAGCGGUAAGCUCCGGCAGUGUCUCCUACAAAGAACGUCUCUGAUUGAUCGUUGUACAAAGGAAGGUCGACUUCUUCCCUUCGAUACACUAAAGUGCUGACAUGUAUACAUUUUGUAAAAAAAAUAAAAUAUAUAUAUAUAUUAAAGCUGAUA